AUGAACGAUUUGAUUUCAAAUUCCUUCAAAAAAUACACUGAUUUGAAGGAAGAAACGAACUUUGAUGACGUGGAGGCGGGGAAUAGAGAAACUGUCAAUCUUGACAAGUUUUUUGAAGAUGUGGAGAAUAUAAAAGCAGACAUGAAAGUAAUUGAAACAUUGUAUAGGAAAUUACAAGAGGCUAAUGAAGAAAGUAAAACUGUUCACAAUGCUAAAACAAUGAAAGAUCUUCGCGCCCGAAUGGACAAAGACGUAGAACAAGUGCUCAAACGUGUCAAAGUAAUUAAAGGAAAACUUGAAGUUUUGGAUCGUUCGAAUGUGGAGAAUAGAAAAAUUCAAGGGUGUGGUCCUGGUUCGUCCGCGGAUAGGACUAGAACUUCAGUGGUCAGUGGAUUAGGGAAGAAACUCAAAGACAUGAUGGAUGAUUUUCAAGGUUUGAGAGGUAGAAUGCAAAUGGAGUAUAAGGAAACAGUGGAAAGAAGAUAUUUUACAGUAACGGGAGAGAAAGCAGAUGAUGAAACUAUAGAUAAUCUGAUAGCAAGUGGAGAAAGUGAAAAUUUUAUGCAAAGGGCAAUUCAGGAACAAGGUAGAGGUCAAAUAAUGGACACAAUAUCGGAAAUUCAAGAGAGACAUGAUGCGGUUAAGGAGAUAGAGAAGAAUUUGAUUGAGUUGCAUCAAGUUUUCUUGGAUAUGGCUUCUUUGGUUGAAUCUCAAGGGCAACAUCUUAAUAACAUUGAGAGUCAUGUUGCACAUGCUAGUUCUUUUGUGAGAAGAGGGACAGAACAACUCGAGGAAGCUAGAGUGCAACAAAAGAGUUCUAGGAAGUGGACAAUGUAUAUAAUAAUUCUUAGUCUUAUUUUAGUUAUUUUGAUUCUAUUUCCUCUUCUGGUAUCAAUUUUACCUCAUUUUGUAAGAUGA